AAUUUGGUAGUCGAAAUCAGAAUCAACUCGUUCGCUGAGCAUUCAACAAGUCUCCUUCCUUCUACUCCUUCAACUUCUUCAACUCCACCACAACAACAACAUGAAGUUCGCCAUUGCUGUAGUCAUGUUCGUGUGCGCCGCUGCCGGUGCUCAGGCGUCAUGGGGUGCCAUUGCUCCCGGUGUUUCCUAUGUGAACUCUGUUGCUCAUGGACCUGGUCUGUGGGGCAAUGCCUGGAAUGGUGCAUGGAACGGCUGGAACGGUGCCUGGAAUCACGGUGCUGCGUGGGCCGCCCCAGCUGCCGUUGCUGUGCACGCCAGCGCUCCCUGGGGUCUGACCGCUCCCGGCUGGCACGGCGGCUAUCCCGGCAUUGCUCUCUCUCAGGGCCCCCAUGCCGCUGCUGCUCAUGGUCAUGGUCAUGAGGGUGUCUAUGUUGCCAAGACCCGUGGUGCCAUCCACACCGCUCCUUUGGCUGGUCACAUCAACUCGGCUACCUCCGUGAAUGUGGCUCCCGCUCCCGGCACUCUGUAAAUUGUGUCCACUGCGCCAGGCCAAAUGUAAUUGAGUGGUGAGCAGCAGGCAGGACACCAGCGCACACUUUUGCUGUUAUCUAACUCCUCUCACGCUCUUCUACUUCUGUCUACGACUUCAACGACUCUUCUCGGAUACUCUAUCACCACCACCACCAACCACCAACACCUGAUUCCCCCACUAUUGUUAAGCACACACACACUUCGCUCUUAGUCCCGCAUAUGAGCAAGAGAAGAUGACAGCGAUGUCUCCUCUCCGCACAACACUUCGUUCUGUGUUCAACAAACAAGUCCAACAUCAACAACAACAACAACAAUUACAACAACUACAACCAACAAAUACAAGCAUGUGAAUUUCUUAUUACAUGAGAACCUUCAAA